AUGGCGGAUGGAGAAGCGUUUGCAGCGGAGGGUCAGACCGCGGACAGCGGCCUGCUGCCUCUGCAGCUGCGGGACUACAGGCGCCUGACUCGGCUGUACUGCAUGAAUGGCGGAUAUCACCUGCAGAUCCUGCCCGACGGGACGGUGCAGGGCCGGAGGGAUGAUGGGGAGGACGCUCACACUGUUUUAAAGAUCAGAGCUGUGGACAGAGGAGUGGUGGUGAUCCAGGGGACAGAAGCCGGGCGGUACUUGGCAAUGAACGAUGAGGGACGUUUGUACAGCUCAUCCACAGUCACUGAUGAAUGUUACUUCCUGGAGAAGCUGGAGGAGAAUCACUACAACACAUAUCGGUCUCAGAAGUAUCAGGAGGGGAACUGGUACGUAGCUCUGAAAAAGAACGGGAAACCUAAACCAGGCCCAAGAACUCACAUCGGACAGAAGGCCGUCUUCUUUCUGCCCCGACAGCUGGACGACUCUGGGGAGUGAAGGCGUUCGCCUGUGAUACCUGGACCGAGACGGAACUGGAAGCUGCUCGAUGAAGGAGUUGAAGAGAAUGAAGAUUAAAAAGAGAGGUGAAGCUGCAGUCUUUUUAGCUACUGUUUUCUUCAAACACUGGUCUUC